AGCAGCCGGCGUGUUUUGGUGCUGUAGCCGUCAUGGCUGCCCACAGUAACAACUUUAUCCGACUGCGCCUGUACUUUGACUACCCGCCGCCGGCUGUCGUCGGUUGCCGCAUGUGCUGGCUGCUCGUAGACCUAAACGUGUGUCGCGUGGUGGCCGACCUGGAGAGCGUCAUCAGGGAGAAGUUUGAAUUCAGCGGCGGGAGCAUCCUCAGCCUGUUCAUAGAAGACUGCUACCUGCCGCACACGGAGAGCAUCUACGUGGUGCGGGACAACGACAGCGUCAGGGCUAUUGAGUGA